GCACAGGGAGCGGCUGUCUCUAGUACAGAGGAGGCAGAACCACACUGAGAAGGAACCACUCAGCUGGGCACAGAGACUUUCCCAUCCAUUGGCACAAGAUGGACACAGGAAAAAGCCCAAACCAUUUUAAUGUAUAUGAAAAUAUGCCAACUGAGCCUGCAACAAAGAUGAAGAUUCAUGAAGAAUCCAAAGAAGGAAGGAGGACACAGAGGAGACUCCUGAUGGUUCUGGUGACCCUGCUGGUUCUUGUCUUCAUGUUCCUGAUAAUCCUGACCGGCCUCAUGUUUAUAUACUAUUCCCGUAUAUCAGAAGCUAUGGACACUAUAAGGCAGGACAUCUUACAGACAAGACAAAAGGAGAUAUGUCAGUGUGAUUCUGGCUGGAAAAAAUUUGAUGGAAACUGUUAUUAUAUUGUUACCACUAUGAAGAACUGGACAGAGGCCCGGGCCAUUUGUAAAUCAAUGAACAGCGACCUGGUUGUUAUCAACAGUGAGAGGGAACAGAACUUCCUUGAAAGUCUUACUGAUGAGUCAGAAUUUUGGAUUGGUCUCAAAAGGGAUAAGGACAGGUGGCGAUGGGUGGAUGGAACACUCCAUAAUCCAUCAGAGGGAUUCUGGAUGAAGGGGGAGCCGAAUAAUUCCGGUGGAAAAGAAGACUGUGUUCACAUGUGGAGAGACAAAAAGUGGAAUGAUAAAGUUUGCACCUUUCUGCAAAAAGCCUUCUGUGAGAAAUAAUAACACAUUCAGUGCAUAAGACACGGACAUCAGUUUUAUGAGCCCUGUAUUAGAAGGUCGAUGUCCAGAAAUCUCCUAAUAACAAGGAUGGAGCAUUGAAAGCAUUGAAAUACAGACACUCCAAACAAAAUAUCCCCCAGAGAACAGCCUUGGAAGACACAGUAUUAACUCAGCCUUAUGCAUUUUGUGUUGUAUUUACCAUAGGUCUACAAUCCAUAAAACCUUAGCCUUAAGUCAAUUGAUCUGUAAGCACAACCAUGUGCCUUCCCCAAAGAAUCACUUCCCUACAGCAUUGGGAUCUGUAUCUGCUUUUCAAUAAAUUGCUGCAAUGAAAAAAGGGGACUCAAUUAUAAACACUGUUUAUAAAUUUGCACCUGGGAAGUAACCCAUAGCAACCAAUUAGAGAUUAGUUUUUUUUGAGCCAUAACAAAAUCAAACAUCUGAUUGGUUGCUAUGGGUAACUGCCCAGGAGCAAAUUUGGCCAGUGUUUAUAAAUGACCCCCAAGAGUCUCUCUGAUAAGUGGCAAGUGAUAUUUUUAACAGAUAUUUCUAUAUACCGGGGUGGGUGGACCUUAAUCCAGGGAUUAUUAAUCUAAGGGGUGAAAUGAAAAAAUGUCCCCACGUUGUUGGAUCUUUGUUCUUUCAUUGAGCUUGUCAGCAACUGCUUUCUUUCAGCCUAUAAAGAUUUUCAUUCAUCCAGGUCAUGGUAUAUCUAGUAUAAAUAAAUUUAAAGAA